GGCAAGUCAUACCAGGUGUCAAAAUAUAAUACGCCACCGACAGACGACAGUUGCCUCCGCCACGUUGCUAACGUGCGCACCCUUCCUCACCGAUCAAAUCUCAAUCCCCAUACUCGUUUUCUCCUUCGUCUUCCUCUGCAAAUCCUGCAUUGAAUCUCUCUCUUUCUCUCGCUCUCACCUGAUCCAACUUCGAUUCCCUCAAACCCUCGAUUCCUUCACCUCCUCGCAAUCUUCUUCACCUUUCCCCACCCUAUAUCCAUUCCUCUUCCACAUUCUCAUUCCACCGUAAUCGGAAUCGGAAUCGGAAUCGGAAUCGGAACCCUCGCAUUAGGGUUUUUCCUCGAUCCAUGAACUCCGAUUGCUCCACCACCGGAAUCGGAAUCGGAAUGAUAUGAGGCGGCGCCCUGUGGCGGGCCUUCUCCCCGACCAGAUGGAGAAAUCAACGGCCAAGUACCACAACUCCCGAAUCUGCUUCCUCGCUUCACUCUCCGCUUUCUUCUGGUUCUUGCUCCUCUACUUCCACUUCGUCGUCCUCGCCACCGAUCACCAAUCCACCACCCUCAACCAAAACCCCACCGUCAAUUUCCAAUCCCAAUCCCAAUCCCAAAAUCAACAACAAAUCGAACAACCCCAACAAGAAAUCGAACAACCCCAACAACAAAAAAAGCAAGAACAAACCAGAAAGAGCAUUGGGUUUCCUGAUUUGAAGGAAGAACAAGAAUCCCCUGAGGAGAAAAUUUUCCCGUUUACGAGGGCGUUAAGAACUGCUGAAAACAAGAGUGAUCCAUGUGGUGGGAGGUAUAUUUAUGUACAUGAUCUUCCUUCCAGGUUCAAUGAGGACAUGUUGAAGGAAUGCAAGAGCUUGAGCAAGUGGACCAACAUGUGCAAGUUCACAACCAAUGCUGGUCUCGGUCCACCUCUUGAGAAUAUUGAUGGGGUUUUCUCUGAUACAGGGUGGUAUGCUACUAACCAGUUUGCUGUUGAUGUGAUUUUCAGUAAUAGGAUGAAGCAGUAUGAGUGUUUGACGCGUGAUUCGUCGAUUGCUGCUGCGAUUUUCGUGCCUUUCUAUGCUGGGUUUGAUAUUGCAAGGUAUCUGUGGGGUUCGAAUAUAACGAUGAGGGAUUCGGCUUCGCUUGCUCUGGUUGAUUGGCUCAUGAAGAAGCCUGAGUGGGGGAUCAUGAAUGGGAGGGACCAUUUUCUUGUUGCUGGGAGGAUUACUUGGGAUUUCAGGAGGUUGAGUGAGGAGGAAUCGGAUUGGGGGAACAAGCUUCUGUUCUUGCCUGCUGCUAAGAAUAUGUCAAUGCUUGUGGUGGAGUCAAGUCCUUGGAAUGCAAAUGAUUUUGGGAUUCCUUAUCCUACCUACUUCCACCCUGCAAAAGAUGAGGAUGUGUUCAAUUGGCAGGAUAGGAUGAGGGGGUUGGAGAGGAAGUGGCUAUUCUCAUUUGCGGGGGCGCCGCGUCCUGAUAACCCCAAAUCAAUAAGGGGUCAGAUAAUUGAGCAGUGCAGGAGUUCCAAGGUGGGGAAGCUGCUGGAGUGUGAUUUUGGGGAAAGCAAGUGUCAUUCCCCCAGCAGCAUAAUGCAGAUGUUUCAGGGCUCGCUUUUCUGCCUUCAACCGCAGGGCGAUUCCUACACACGAAGAUCUGCUUUUGAUUCCAUGCUGGCUGGUUGUAUACCUGUUUUCUUCCAUCCGGGUUCAGCGUAUACACAAUACACUUGGCAUCUUCCUAAGAAUUACACCAAGUAUUCGGUCUUUAUUCCCGAGGAUGAUCUUCGGAAGAGAAAGAUCAGCAUAGAGGAGAGGCUUAGCCAGAUACCUCAAGAACAAGUGAGGAUGAUGAGAGAGGAGGUCAUUAGCCUCAUUCCUAGACUUGUGUAUGCCGAUCCUCGCUCUAAGCUAGAGACUUUAAAAGAUGCAUUUGAUGUUUCUGUACAAGCAGUGAUUGACAAGGUGACCAAUUUGAGGAAGGAUGUGAUUGAAGGUCGUGUAGAUGAAAACUUUAUUGAGGAGAACAGUUGGAAAUAUGAAUUGCUGGAUGAGGGACAGCGUGAGGUUGGACCUCAUGAAUGGGACCCUUUCUUCUCCAAACCGAAGGAUGGCGGUGGGGAUUCCAGUGAUUCCUCUGCUGAAGCUGCCAAAAAUUCUUGGAAGAAUGAGCAAAGAAGUCAACACUGAUUUAUGAAUUGGAGUAAAAAUUGCAUCAUCAGAGAUGCAGGUUUCUGGAAUUUGAUUCAUUCAAGACUCAAAUGACUUCCCUGAAUCAAGGAAGAAGUAUCACAGACGGGUAGAAUAAUUGCAGGGGUCUUUCUAUGAACCGGCAGCAGAACUUGUAUUCAAUUUUAUCAAAGCAGGAUUCCUCAUUGAAAGCCUCCACCAUGGAGAGAGAUAUUCCAAGCUUUCUACAGUUUUGUUAUAUAGAUAUUUUUUUAAGAUUUCUGGAUUAUGUAUUCUCAUUAGUGGUUCAUAGAUGUAUUUUCCAAGGUUUAAUGAUUAUUUGAUACAGUAUAUUUGUCCACUUGAUUCAUAUAGAAAAUAUAAACAAGUUUAUUUGGUUAA